CUUCCUUCCGCUCGUCAUGGUCAAUACCUCGUCUACGCUAGGCUCUCUCCUUCUGGGUGGUCUGUUCUCUGCGACUUUCACCGGCAUGAUGUCCGUCCAAUCUCUUCUGUACUUCAAGCUCUUCCCAACGGACAAGCCCCGAAUCAAAGCUCUGGUUACCAUCCUCUGGCUAUUCGACGUUGCACACAGUGGAACUGUCUGGGCCGGCCUAUGGAACUAUUUGAUUGUUCACUUUAACGACACAGCUAGGAUAGACCAAAUCCCUCAAGCGAUACCGAUUACCAUUAUCUUGACAGCCGUUUCUACGAUUUGCGUCCAUCUUUUUUUCGCUGAACGAAUCUUUCGGCUAAGUAAGAACAAUCGGAUACUUGCUGGAUCGAUUGUCAUCCUCGCUUUCCUCCGUCUAACUUGUGCUUGCGUUACUGCUGGAGCCAUGCUGUCCAUUCAAACAUAUUCUGGAUUCAGGAAUAACUUUAACUGGGUAUUCUCAGCUGGACUCGGACUCUCCUCCGCUGUGGAUAUCCUCGUUACUGGCUCACUGUUAAAAUUACUUCACAAGAGCCGCAAAGCUUCGUUGAGUGCUAGCUUUGAUCAUAUAAUAGACUCACUCAUACUAUACACCUUGGAAUGUGGAGCUGUGACAUGCAUUGCCACCAUCGCUUCGAUGAUCUGCUGGCUCGUAAUGAACAACAACCUCGUCUUCCUAGGUCUACACUUCGUCAUAUCCAAACUGUACUCAAACUCGCUACUGGCAACCCUCAUAACUCGGUAUGAACUGAGGAACAGCCGAGAACGAUCCACCUCUGACGGUAUCGUGGACUUCGACGUAUUCAAUAUGAGAAGCCCGCGACGUCUGAACAUCUUUACCCCCGGAACGUCGUUCACUCAGCCCAUGCAGGUCUCAGUUAAGCAAAGCGUGACCGAAUACGGGGCCGAAGGAAGCAUAGACGCAGAACAAUAAUUAUUUUUUCUCAUCUUUUGUCGACAUGUUGUAACAGUAUACAUCAUAAUUUAGCCUCGGUUCUAGGACCCACAAUCGGAGAUGGGUAUUCUCAGGAGUGGAAACGCCU